CACAGCCACCCAGAAGUGAUCAAGGCUGCUGUGAACAGAUGGAGCUGCUCAAUACAAAUUCUCGAUUCCUCCAUGACGGCAUUGUUGAGUAUGCCAAGCGUCUUUCCGAAACUCUGCCAGAGAAACUAUCUGUUUGCUAUUUUGCUAAUUCAGGAUCUGAAGCAAAUGAUCUUGCCUUACGCUUGGCUCGGCAGUACAGAGAUCACCAAGAUGUGAUCACACUUGACCAUGCUUACCAUGGACAUGUUUCUUCCUUGAUUGAAAUCAGUCCAUAUAAAUUCCGAAAGGGCAGAGACAUCAAAAAAGAAUUUGUGCAUGUUGCACCAAGUCCAGAUAUCUACAGAGGAAAAUAUAGGGAGGAUCACCCAGAUCCAGCUGGCGCUUAUGCAGAUGAGGUGAAGAAAAUUAUUGAAGAAGCCCAGAAAAGUGGGCGGAAGAUUGCUGCCUUUAUUGCUGAGUCUAUGCAGAGCUGUGGAGGCCAAGUCAUUCCACCAGCAGGCUACUUCCAGAAAGUGGCAGAAUACGUCCGCAAAGCAGGGGGUGUAUUUAUAGCUGAUGAAGUUCAAGUUGGUUUUGGUAGAACUGGGAAACACUUUUGGAGCUUCCAAAUGCAUGGUGAAGACUUUGUGCCAGACAUUGUUACCAUGGGUAAACCAAUGGGCAAUGGACACCCACUAUCUUGUGUUGUGACAACCCAAGAAAUUGCAGAAGCCUUCAGUGCUUCUGGAAUGGAGUAUUUUAACACGUAUGGAGGAAAUCCAGUGUCCUGUGCUGUUGGCUUGGCCGUCCUGGAUGUAAUUGAAAAGGAAGAUCUCCAAGGAAAUGCCACACGUGUUGGAAAUUACCUAACUGAGUUACUGAAUAAGCAAAAAGCAAAACAUCCAUUGAUAGGGGAUAUCAGGGGCAUUGGCUUUUUUAUUGGAAUUGACUUAGUGAAGGACCAACAGAAAAGGACCCCUGCCACUGCUGAAGCACAACAUAUCAUCUAUAAGAUGAAAGAAGGGGGAAUACUUAUCAGUGCUGAUGGUCCCCAUAGGAAUGUUCUUAAAUUAAAACCACCAAUGUGCUUCACAAAGGAAGAUGCUAAGUUCAUGGUGGAACAACUAGAUAAAAUUUUAACAGUUUUAGAAGAAGCCGCAGGAACCAGGAACCGAAAGUAGAUCCAGUUUUCUUUUCUUU